AUGUCCGACGCCGAACUCGAUAGUCAAUUUGUGCCAACUGGCAGGCCACAGUCUCAAAUGGCACGAUCAUUCGCUCUCGCAUUGGAUGAUUUGUUCAAGCUUGACAGCAGCGAGGACCUCGACGCUAUAGUUUCUGAGAAGAAGAAUGAAAUAUCUACAAAAACAUCCGAACUCGAGGAACUCGAAGCCAGACUUAGAGCGACCGAGGAAAGACUAAAGGCCAAACAAGCAGCAGCAAGCCCCGGAAGCUUCUCACCAGGGAAAUCGGUUUCCCAACAACAGUCUACAGACGGUCCUAUAAGCCCUUUAGAACCAAAAUUUGAAAACAGUAUCACGUCGCGGGGUGUUGGAAUAAGCGGGGAGAGUCUCGCAUCCAGGCCAGCUGCACCAAAGCCAGAACAAUCAUACACAACAGCUCUAGCAUCACAUAUCCCAGGAGCUCUACCACCUACCCCAGGUGCUAGCGAAGGUGAAUACGAACUCGUUGAUCGGGACAGGACCAGUGCUGACUAUGUAAUUGUUACAAAAGAUGGAGAUGUUCCACCGGCAGGUACCGAAUGA